AUGAACACAACUUCCUCUGAACCACCUCCGUUCACCAACGAGUCCACGCAUAGUAAUAACGACAAACAUCUCCUCAAAAAGAAGUCAGUCAUUUACGACAAAGAAGGGAAUGAAUACAAAAAAAAGUUGAGAAAAAUUUUCUCGAGUAAUGAUUUGGAAAAUAGUCAUCCGCAUGGAAAGACCUCACGCGUUCAACAGCAACAGCAGCAGCAAUCAUUAGAUGACUCCAAUAUACCCACAACCUCCAGUUACGCCUCUUUCAGCGAUCUUAUUCAUCAUCAAGACCAACAACAACCACUCCCUUUCAAGCCUUAUUACAAGUGUGGUGAUGUGGUGCAAUUCCGAGACCGUUCUCAAACUGUAACUCAAAUCGGUUUUGUGUAUCACAAGAAAGCUUCGGCUCUUCAUGAGAAGGAACGUGUUCCUAAAUGUGUGGUUUACAUGUUGAGUGAUGAGAAAUACUGGAUUCUGGAGUGGCUUCUCAUGAAGGAGAACGAUAUUGAGGUUGGUGAGAGAACAUUUGAGGCCACAGGCGACAGCAGUACCACGGAUCCACUCCACCAUCAUGGCAACAGUUUGGCCGUUAUGAAUCUUAAUAAUUACAGCAGCGUUUCUUCAUCGAAUGUUGAUCGUUCCAACACAAAAACCAUUGAGAAACCUGCAUUACUACCAUCAGCAUCCGUUGGGAGUGAGAACAACUCUUCUCAUGCUGCCCUCAUGCUCAAUAAUGGACCCUGUACAAACCAAUCUCUCCAACUUCAAACUACUUCCUGUGUAGGCUCCUCCCAAAAGAAUGAUUCACUUUCAUCUUUCAUGCAAAGCCAAACGCCUACAUCAAACAUUUCCAACCACAGUACCAUUACUUCUCGUUUCAACGCUUUGCAUCAACAAAUGAACAAUACCAAGCAUGCUCUUCUCAAUUCCGCACAACUCUCUCCGUUCUCUCACGGAGUUGCGAAAAGCUUAAUACACACCGCAACAACUGCUCAUGGAUGCAACGCGUUGAUGCAUCACAAAGGCCACAACAACAUUUUGAGCUCUCCAGCCUCACUUCAGAAACUUAGCUCCCUUCUACAACUCAAACACGGAAGCAAAAAUGUUGUUGCCAAUUUCAAGGAUUCUUGUUUGCAUGAUCCCUCCAUGAGGGAGCAUCAAGAACAACAAAUGCAGGAUGAACAAGAGAAUGACCACACAAAGCAAAGCUCCUGCAACAACCUGACCCUGCAGUCAUCCAGCAAUCAUCAACGAAUCUCCAACACAAAUAUCACUUCAACUCUCGGUCAGAAUCUUUUGGAUCACAACAUAUUCCGACCAAUCUGCACAUCUUCGGAGGAUUUGGAUAAUCUUGACCAAUCAUCAUGUGCACAUCCAACCAAUCAACCUUACUCGAAAAAAAACUCCUCCUCCUCGUUUUUGUUUGCUUCUCAGAACCACAAUCACCACAAGAGCCAAUUAGCCCAUUAUUCCGUUCUUCAACCAAACAUCAACCAGUCUUCUGCUGAGAGUACUAAUCGUGAUAAUAUUAACAACAAUACGAGGUUAAGUGUGUCUGCACCAACAUCCGAAGGAGGGGCUGAACAACAAUCUGAAUCUGAACUAUUAACCAAUCAAAACAACAACGAAUUUAACAGAACCGUAUCCUUUCAACAACAGCAGGUGAAUUCCACUGCGGGCUUAGCUCUACCAUCAAACAAUACAUCAUCGAAUAAUAAUAAUAAUACAAACAACAGCACUACCAAUCAGCUCGGUAUUAAUAACAAGACAAUAACCAUUCCACCAUCAUCAUCAUUACAAUCAGCGAGCAUGAACCAAUUCUUUAUUCAGCCAACACCAAGUACCGACCAAUCCAGUGAUGCAAACUCAAAUUUCAAAAAACAAAUUAUGCUGAAUCAUAUUCAUCAGCGACAACAAUUGGUCAAUCAACAACUUGGCGAACUAUUGAAUCAACAAAAGAGAGCUUCUUCAUUGGCUGCCAAUAGCGGAAAUUUUGCUGGCUCAUCACAAAACGUGAAUGGUCAAAUGAAUGUUUUGAAUAUGACUGGUAGCAAUGCAUUACCAUCACAUCAAUACAACAUACAGCCAUCAAGUGGACCAUUCAGCCAGACCACCAUUCUCUUCUUUAACCACAACUUUGAGUUGCGACCAACGGAUCUGCUUCAAUUUUUGGUGAUUCAGGUGAAGGACGGACAAACACUGAAAGCAUCAUGUUUAAAUCCUGUAGUUUCUUAUGAUAACGAAACUUUGCUCAUGUUGAAUGAAAUUUCGAAUCGCGUUAACAUGAAUUCACUUUCAAGUCUUGACGAGGAAUUAUCCAAGUUUGUUCACUCAAGCCCUCUUCUCAUUUCUAUGCCUCCACAAGACGAACCCUGCAGUGUUUUGCUUGUGUUGAUGAAAAAUUUCGUUCCGGUUACAUCACCCCUACUGUUUGAAUAUAUGCUACCUUGA